AUUGCCUCUUUGUUCAAAACGUAACUUUGAGAAUAGAGAGAAAUCAAGAAAAGAAAAUGAGCCAGCAGCAGCAGCAGCAGGCGAUAAGGUACGGGGAUCUGUUCGAGGUGCAAGGGGAGCUGGCGGAGAAGGCGGUGGCCCCGAGGGACGCCGCCAUGAUGCAGACGGCGGAGAACACCCUGACGGGACACACCCAGAAGGGAGGCGCCGCUGCCGUCAUGCAAUCCGCCGCGGCCAAGAACGAGAGGGCUGGCUUCGUCUGCCACGGGGACGCCAGCGAAGUCGCUGACGACCUCGGGGUUAGCGCCACCGAGACCGAUUUCCCAGCCGGGAGGACCGUCAUCACCGAGUCCGUCGGCGGCCAGGUAGUCGUGGGGAAGUUUGACCAGGGCGGUUCGGCCGCGGCCACAGGGGUACCGGGCGGUGGCUGCGGAGGCGGCGUGACGAUAGGGGAAGCGCUGGAAGCGGCGGUGCUGACGGCAGGGAAGAAGCCAGUAGAGCGGAGCGAUGCGGCAGCAAUACAGGCGGCAGAAGUGAGAGCCACCAGCCGGACCACCAUCGUCCCCGGCGGUAUUGCCGCGGCAGCUCAGUCGGCGGCCACCUUCAACGCCAGGACCACCAAGGACGAGGAGAAGACCACUCUCGCCGAUGUCCUCUCGAACGCGAAAGCAAAGCUGCCGGCGGACAGGCCGGCGACUAGGAAGGACGCAGAAGGGGUGGCGGGGGCAGAGAUGAGGAACGAUCCGUUCCUCACCACACAUCCGACAGGGGUGGCGGCUUCGGUCGCGGCGGCUGCUAGGCUGAACCAGCAAGCCCUUAACAACAACAACAACAACAUCGACGACAUUGUACAGUAAUCGUUGUUGAGUUUUUUUAAUGCAAACUCGUGAGUUUUGCUUUUUUUUUUUUUUUUAGCAAACGGAGGAGAUGAUGCCUCGUAGCUACAACAAUGUUUGUUUUCCUAUCAGUACAUAUGAAGAGUUGAUUUCCUU